AUGGCAUUUUUAUGUGGCUCAUCCAGUUCAACCGUAUCUAAGAAACCAAUUGAAAGAAAAAUUGUUAUCUUAGGUGAUGGUGCAUGUGGUAAAACCUCAUUAUUAAAUGUUUUCACAAGAGGUUAUUUUCCUGAAGUAUACGAACCUACUGUAUUUGAAAAUUAUAUCCAUGAUAUAUUCGUUGAUGGGAAACACAUUACCCUAUCAUUAUGGGACACUGCAGGACAAGAAGAAUUUGAUAGAUUAAGAUCCUUAUCUUAUUCUGAUACUCAUACAAUUAUGCUAUGUUUUAGUGUAGACUCGUAUGACUCUUUAGAAAACGUUAAAAAUAAAUGGGUUAGUGAAAUUACUGAUCAUUGCGAAGGUGUUAAAUUAGUUCUUGUUGCUUUGAAAUGCGAUUUAAGAAAUAACGACACUGAAGCUAUAACUCCAAAUAAUAUUCACAGUAACAAUACCAACUCCAAGAAUAAAAAUAAUAAACUGAUAUCAUAUGAAGAAGGUUUGGCUAUGGCUAAACAAAUUAGUGCAUUACGUUAUUUAGAAUGUAGUGCCAAAUCUAAUAAGGGUGUUAAUGAAGCAUUUACUGAAGCUGCUAGAGUUGCAUUGACUGUAGGUCAACAAGAUGGCCACAGUGACAACAAUAAUAAUAACGACAGUGGAAAUAGUUGUGUAAUCAUGUAA